AUGGGUCUGAGUAGACAAACUCGCAUCACUCUGAUGCUAUUUAUUACAACUGGCUUCUUUCUAGUCGAGAUCGUCAUUGGAUAUUAUGUCAAAUCACUUGCAUUGGUAGCUGAUUCAUUUCAUAUGUUGAACGAUAUGCUGGCUAUGGGAGUUGCUUUGUGGGCAGUCAAAAUAGCCUUAAAAACCCAGUGGGAUUCUAAAUACUCUUACGGAUGGCAGCGAGCUGAGAUCCUCGGUGCACUCAUCAACGGUGUCUUUUUGAUAGCUCUUUGCUUUACUAUUGUGAUUGAUGCCAUUGAACGUUUUGUACACCCUGAGCCAGUAACAAAUCCAGUCAUGGUAUUAAUCACAGGAUGUGCAGGAUUGGCCGGCAAUCUCUUGGGUCUCUUUCUAUUCCAUGAGCAUGGUCAUGGUCAUGGGCAUAGUCAUAGUCAUAGUCAUGGGCAUAAUCAUGGCCACAACCACGACCACGGCCACAGCAACAGCCACAACCAUGGUCAAGAAGAUGCACAAUACACCCUUGAAAAUACUCAGCACAAACACAGCCAUGAAAAUCCAAAACAUGAAAGUAGCUUAGAAGCAAAUCCGAACGAUUCCCUGCAGCAUCACCAUAACCAUGAGCAUGGAGGACAUCUUAAUAUGAAAGGAAUCUUCUUACAUGUCUUGGGGGAUGCACUAGGCAACGUUGGUGUUAUUAUCACAGCUCUCUUUAUUUGGCUAACCCCAUUUGAGUGGCGUUUUUACCUUGAUCCUAUUGUGAGUCUGAUCAUUUCAAUCAUCAUCUUUAUUUCAGCCGUACCAUUAGUACGUCAAACUUCAGCCAUUUUGCUACAAGGUGUCCCGAGUACCGUGCGUCUAGACGAUGUACGCCUUGAAUUAUUACAGAUUGAUGGGAUUUUAUCUGUACAUGAGCUGCAUAUUUGGCAACUAUCGGAUACAAAAUUGAUUGCUUCUGUUCACGUUUUGCUUGCAUCAAGAUCUAAUUACAUGGAAACUGCAGCACACAUGCGCAAAAUACUGCAUGGACAUGGUGUACAUUCAGCCACAAUUCAACCAGAAUUU